AAACUAAUUACUACCUGUCAUAUUGAUCAGGAAUGGGCAGAAUUAGUAAAAUAAUGACUUUCGAUCUGUCUGGGACAGUAUGUGGGUCGCUGCGCAGGGAAUGGUUCUGUAUAAAGGGCGGGCGAUUGACUUAUCAAGCAUCUCAGUAGCCAUGAAGUUCCCAAUCACAGCGUUGCUGGCGGCUGUGGUCCACUUGCCAGUGGUCAUGGCGUUCUCGCCCGCUAACUGGACUUGGCGUGUGUUGGAAACUAAACCAGGCCCCCUGCCGACCAGAAGGGAGGUGGCAACUUUCAUCCGCAGCCUGGAGGCUCGUAACAUCAGCUUGAACCUGCCCUCGCAUAUGAUCAACCUGUACCGCAGUUCCAACUCGAGGAACUACACUGGUCUCUCCACUCACGAAAGACCCGUGCUGCCGGAGGCCGACACCGUGCGGAGCCUGGUGGCGAAAAGUAAAGUAUUUGUGUUCUGUGAAGGUCGCUCGCUCUCACUGAAUGUAAUCGCUGUUGUUCAUCUUUCCCUAGGUUUCCGUCACAACGGGAGCCGCUGGAUUGUCACCUUUGACAUGUCGAGCCUCGCCGCCAACGAGCAGCUUCAGUUCGCCGAGCUGAGGAUCAGUGUGCCGGCCUUCGCCGAGUCCUGCUCGCUGCUGGAGAUCCGCCACCACUCUCAGUACCCGUGUGGCCCCAGCGUCUGCCAAGACCAGCUGGUCCUGGGAUCCUUCCCUCCCGACUCGGCGCUGGAGGACUCGGCCGGCUGCGCCGUGUACAACGUUACCGACAUCCUGCGGCGCUGGAUGAGCCGCGACCAGGGUGAGCAAGGCGACCUUCCGCCGACAGAGAGCCUGGUGUGCAAGAGGAAGCGGUCGCUGCCGGACCCCAUGGCCAAAGCCAAGCCCGAGAGCAAGGAGAUGGCCUUACUCUUGGUAUUCUCCCGGAGAGCAGAGCGCAGUUGCUCGGGGACAUCCUCGCUGCUGAAAGACGCUAAAGGUUCAAAGCGAGUGCGGAGACCCCGCAAGAGGAAAGUCGGUCGGCGAAAGCAGGGCAGCAAGUCUGGCCAUGGCUGGGGCCGGGGCAAUGGCAGAGGCCGGGGCAGGGGUAGGGGCAAGGGUAAUGGUAAGGGCAGAGCGGGGCGCAGCGGAGCCCCUCGCCACCGGCACGCCCGCCACCACGGCAAGGCGGGCAGCUCGACUCCGUGCCGGAGGAUCAAGUUUGAAAUUAAAUUUGGUAAAAUCGGCUGGGGUGCCUGGGUCAUCUUCCCCAAGGUGUACAACGCUUUCCGCUGCCAGGGAGAGUGUCCGAUUCCAACCGGAGAGGAUGUUAAACCCACCAACCAUGCUUACAUGCAGAGUUUGCUCAAAUUCCAUCAUCCAUCGCUGGUGCCUUCCCCGUGUUGUGUCCCCACUAAAAUGAGUCCAAUGAGCAUGCUGUACAUAGAAAAGGGCGAGGUGGUGUUACGCCAUCAUGAGAACAUGGUGGUCCGAGAGUGUGGAUGUCGUUGACUUACCUCCCCGUAUUAACCUCAUGUGUCAAGACAAAAGCCCGCGUGGUAUCGGCACGAUCCGAGUGGCUGCGUUUAACGGAUUACUCUGCACUCACGGCCCCUACAGUUCAACAGCUAACUGGUCAAGCAGUCCUGGGCACUGGUGGGAGGAGUAACCUUUCGUGGAAGUAAAAGCGCGUGGAUCGAUUAGUAGAACUGGGUGCAAGUGGCUGCAGCAGUCAAAUAUUCAACAGACAUUGGCGAAUGGUAGCGAAACUACAUCCAGAUAAACAUUGAUGCCUCCCAAGGAAGAUGUGCAAAGCAGAUGCAAGGGGAAAGCAAAUGCAAAACAAGUUAAAACUGCACUGUUGUAUAUUAUCUACAUUUGAAAAUGUUCCUGAUUAUAUUUUUAUAGCUCAACAUAUAUGACUGUACAAUCAGCAAACUAUUUAUAUUAAAAAUCUUAUCCAUACUG